GCUCGGCGGCGGAGGCGGCGCCUGCCGGGGCUCGCGGUGCUGACGCCGCGCGGGGCUGCGCGGAGGAUGCGGGGCGGCGGCCGCGCUCCGCCCGCGCUGCUGGCGCCCUGCGAGCGGCGGGACCCCCCGGAGGCACCGCCAUGCCCACAGAAAAUGAAGCCAGAGAAGCCUGCAACUGGCUGAGGGCUGCUGGUUUUCCGCAGUAUGCUCAGUUAUUUGAAGAUAUGCAGUUUCCUAUUGAUACAAAAACUGUGAGGAGAGAUCAUGAAUUUUUAGAUGGAGAUGCCAUUGAAUCCCUUUUCAGACGGCUGAACACAUUGAACAAGUGUGCUUCAAUGAAAGUGGAAAUAAGCUGUCGGAGGAAACAGAGUGAUGAAUCUGAAGAUGAUGAACCUUGUGCAAUAAGUAACAAAUGGACUUAUGAGAGAUGCAGUCAGAGAUGGUCUCGUUUUGAGAGCCUAGAAGGUUUCCCAGGAGAGGAAGGUGCUAGCACGGCAGUCUUAGGCAGUCCAACACCGAGGAGCAUCGGCAAUGAGGAUAUAACUUUUUUGGAUCAUGGAGAGAAACAUGAUGUGUCCUCAAAUCAUAGUACUAGCAGUGGUGACAGUGACACUGUUAGCUUCCCAAAACCUUUUGAAGAUGUGGAGACCAGCAGGAGUUCCUCAAAGUGUUCCUCAAAUAAAGUCGCUUCACCAGAUGACACCUUUAAUUGUUCUCCUCCCACCACUGGAUUUUUAAACACCACCGGCGAAGAGAAGCUUUUGGAUAAAUCCCCAUAUAAAAAAGGGAAGAGCCUUCUUAAGAAAAUGGAGAAGUUGCAUUUGAGGAGCUGCAACUUAAGGAGUAGUCACUCAAAGGCCAAGCCCCUAAUAAGUGAACCUGUUCUUCUGGAAGGGCUUAAUGAAGAAAAGUUGAAGAUGCUUAACUGUGUAAAUAUUUCUGACCUCUCUGACAUCCAAAGAAAGAACAAUUCUUCUUAUUCUCUCCAGAGCUGCAAUAGCAGCAAUCAAUCUGAAAAUAGGAGCACAGGGAGCAUUCCAAGUCCCACUACAAAACCGCAAAGCCACUAUAAAAGAGGGGGGACAUAUGCGGAGGACUUGGAUUGCAGCAAGGUUUUGCUGUGGAAUGAUAUAUCUCAGCAAAACCUACAAAAUGAAAUGAAGUUGCGAACGAACCAUAUGUUUCAAAUGCCACAAGGCCAUAAGCCUGGUACUUUCCCCAAAGCACUUCGAAACGAUUCCCUGUCUCCAGUAGACAACUCUUCUGUCGAUUGGAGAACUGGGAGUUUUCAUGGGUGUAGAAGGACCAGGAGCAGAAGCAGUUCUAAGGACUGCAAAGCCCCCAGUAGCCCCGAUUUGUGCACAGAUAACAGGCUGAGCAUAUAUGACAACAUGCCCAAUAUUCAGCUUGAUAACUUGGACAUGGCAGGAGUUGGUGAUGAUGAUGUUUUUUCAGAGUUGAACAAUGUUAUAGAAGAUGUCAAAGGACUCAGAAAGUUGGUCGAUCAGUGGACAGAGAAGAUCUCAGAUGAUGGAGAGUCAGGCUUUGCCAGUGACUUGACCUCUGGGUAUCCAUCCUUCCCUAAAGAAGUAUGUCUUGAAAUACAGCACUCAGAAGAUAAGUCAGCAGACUUCCCAGCUAAAGAGGGAGAGAGCAGCUGUGAACUGGCCAAGGAGCUCAGUUCUGCGGAGGUGGCAUACAUAACAGACUCUAAAAAGGCCAACAGGCAUGGGAAACAAUCCUGGUCUAUGGAAGAGAGUGUGAAUUUGGAAAGCCUUUCUGUCCAAAUUGAUAAUCAGUCUGCUGCCCACCUAGCCCGGACCCAAAAGCUGGCUUUGUUGAAACUCACGGCUCUAAUGGACAGAUACUCCCCUUCCAGUAAGCAGGGCUGGAACUGGACUAUACCAAAGUUCAUUAAAAAAAUAAAAGCCUCUGACUACAAGGACAAAAAUGUGUUUGGGGUUCCCUUGCUUCUGAAUGUUCAGCGAAGAAACCACCCGCUACCUAAAGGCAUACUGCAAGCACUGGACUAUUUAAGAAGCCACUCACUUGACCAGGUUGGUCUGUUCCGAAAAUCCGGUGUUAAAUCCAGGAUCCUGUCUUUAAGGGAAAUGAAUGAAACCAACCCGAACAAUGUAUGUUACGAAGGGCAGUCAGCAUUUGAUGUGGCAGAUAUGGUUAAGCAGUAUUUCCGAGACCUUCCUGAACCUAUAUUUACUAGCAGGCUCUGUGAAUCUUUCCUCCACAUCUACCAAUACUUGCCAAAGGAUCAGCAGUUUCAGGCUGUCCAGGCUGCUAUUCUCCUUCUCCCAGAGGAAAACCGAGAAGCUUUGAAAAUCCUCCUGUUCUUUCUCCGAGAUGUGGUUGCUUUUGUUGAGGCAAACCAGAUGACACCAACCAACAUAGCUGUCUGUCUUGCACCUUCUUUGUUUCACCUCAACACCCUGAGACGAGACAGUUCCUCCUCAUCCACUAGUCACAGGAAGUACAGUUUGGGGAAGCCAGACCAGAGGGAGUUGAAUGAGAAUCUUGCAGCAACACAAGGCCUGGCCCACAUGAUAAUGGAGUGCAACAGGCUCUUCCAGGUAUAGCACUUGCUGUAUUAAAGCAGAAGCAUGGUGCAAGAUAACGGCUGUUACCACACUGACCAGAAGCGUCAACAAGGCUGCCUUGUAGGCUAUGUUGCAGGC